AUGGAUACAGAUGCGGAGUGGCAGCCAAAGGAUCUGUUGGAUGCUGUCGAACAUCUGGAAGCAGUGGCCUUUGUGCCCCCGAAGCAAAGGUACACGGAUGCUGGCAAGCUAGCCAAAACAAUCGCCUCGUACGCGUAUGAGGAUGGAAUUCCCCCAGCAGCUCUGAAUAGCCUGAUCAACAUCCUCACCAAAAAUAAUGCGCUGGAUCAGAGCGCAAUUACGACUCUGGCCAAGAAUCUAUAUCCCUUGGGCAAGGUACCGUCAAAACUCGUUACGCGAGUGGUUUCUUGUCUUGGCCCAAGCAAAAAUAAACCGUCAACCGCAACUCAGGCUCUGCUCUUAAGAUGGCUGAUUCUUGUGUACGACUAUCUCGAGGAUCGGAACCACCUGUUCAAACUUUACGCGGCCCUUUUUAACUUCCUGGACAUGAUCAGCCUGCGUAAGUCCUUGUGUCAUUUACUCUCGAUAAUCACGAGGCGAAAACAUGUAAAGCCCUUUCGGGUUCAGGCGGUUAUGGAAUUACUUCGGAACUCGGGUGGUGAUGAGAAAGAGCUCCUGGGUCUGCUGAGGGUGUUCAAGAACUACUACCCCGACAUUAUCGUGGGAGAUCUGGGAGGAUUGAGAAGAACAGGCGGGUUUUUCUUCAAACACCCUGACCCGGAAUGGCCAGACCAUAUGAAACGUCUCCAGGACAAAAAUGCGCAAAGGUCGGCCGAAAGUCAACCUUCAAGUUUCCAAGUCGUUCGUCGUGGUGGGUUUAAAAGGAGCAAGAUUGAGGUUGUCAUUCCGAGCAUGCAGACUUCGCGAGUGUCGCGCAACCACACAUCCUUGGAAGAGUUACGGGGCAUUAGCCAUUUUGUUGAGAAACUCGAUAAGAUUGAAUUGCCUAAUCAAAUCAUCUCAGCACUUGGUGAUGGUCUGGGUCAGAAGUACCUAUCACUGGUCCAGUCUGAGCUUGCAAAUCAACGACUGGAAGAUUGGCUGGAAGGCUUUCUUAACGACAAGUUGGAGAGCAUCCGCGACGAUACCGAUGACGAUCCAGAAACUCUGACUUACGUGUUAACGUUGGCUGUGGAUUAUGCUCGACUUCUAAAGGAAACACCCGCUGCCCUUCUGUCAUUCUUGAAGCUUUACCUUCCGUUAUGGAAUGGUAAAGACAACAGAGAUCAAGUCUUUGGCCUGCUCGAAUAUCUUCCUAUUGAACCGUACGAAUCCGUACGAAACGACUAUUUUGCGCCUCUGGAAGCUGCAGUAUUAGAUGAUAUGCUGCAUUCUAGAGCCACGCUGCUCGACUUUUAUACUUCUUUGAUUCGCCAAUGGGGAGUUAAACUUCGAACAUGGCCUUCUUCGUUCACCUCAGAGGAACCAAAACCUUUAACACAUCUGAUCUCCUACGCGGAGCUUUUGGCUUUGUCGACUUUGGAAAGCCCUCCGAUAGUCAACGACAGCGAAGAUGCAGAAAAGACCAGGCCAGCGGUACUAUCUGUUAUUGAAUUCUACAGUGUACUUGCCGAGCUUUUCUCUCAUGCUUCUGUAAACGAGAGCAUUCGUCUCACAAUUCCCUUGGCUCCGACAGUCUACUCUGUCGCUUUCACGCCAAUCAGCUCUCUUCUUUCCAUUCUUUCCUCUGUCCUUUCUGUCUACAAGUUAUCAUUUGAGGAAUCCUUGACUUCAGAAGUCCUCCAAGAGCGACUCUACCCGACAGAGCUGGUCGGCCAGUUUAAUGGUUAUGUCAUGGAUAUCUGCAACUUGGUCUGGCGUAACAGGGCCCUGAAUACGGAAGACGCAGAUGCACGGGGCUGUUUGAUCCCGGAGAUGACUGUAACUGCCCUAACACAAUACGUCCGCGACGUCAACGAGACCGCUCGAGAACGCAAACGCGAAUUCCCAUUCCAUUAUAAACUUCCUUUGUUAUUUUCUGUUAGCCACCAUGUGGCCCUGUGCAAUUUCUCAGCGGCUUCGUUCGCAGAUUUCGAGGAUGAAAACGACGCUAAUGAGUCCCGGCCUCGACUGAGGAAACCCGUCACACAAAAAGCGUUGAAUUCGUUGGAGAAAGAAGGCGGCGUAAAAAUAACUUGGCAAGAUUAUCGAGUGCGGAUGCUUGACUGGCUUGAUGGGAUAGGGAGCCAUGGGAUUCCGAGCUUGAUGAGGAGCACCAUGAAAGCUUUACGGAAGGAAUGA